AUGUUUACUGUGUGUUUGUUUGCUGCCGCUGCACUUCUUAUACAGUCUGCCAGUGCUGUCCCAGCGGAUCGGGGUCGCAGGUCAGACCGUGAUUUGGAACAAUUCGCGUCAGCACUUAACGGCGCUCUAAGGCUACGCUAUGGAAAGAGAUCAUACGAUCCAAAUUUGUUCGACAAAAUCUUUACGCUACAGUUCGUUUUAAGCAUUCAUUCAGCAACAGUUUGA